AUGAUCGAGAAUGGUUCCGUUCAAAGUUCAUGCGUCUUAUCCGACGUCGCCAUCGAAGACCUCACCACUCGACCGCCGAGGAGCGUCGCCAACCGGAUCCUCUCCACCGCCCUUUCCCCCUCUUCCGGCUCUCGUCACACUCUCCAUCUCUCCUCUUUCCGCGACCCUUCUUCUCCUGAAUCCUGGACCAUGUCUUCCUGGGUCCACUGGUUCAUCGCCGUCCUUAAGCUUCUCCUCGCGUCCCCCUUCUUCAUUGAUGGCCACAACUCUAUCUCCUCUCGCCUCAAUCCAGAUCUCAUCAGCGAACUCACCUCCCUCGUCGAACUCCUCAUUGAGACUCGUCGUUCCCCUUCGUUCCUAAUCUGGGAAGCCAAUGCCCUCGUUUGCGAGGUUGUCCGUGUCAUCGCCAUCCUCUUCCGAGUCAAAGAGGUCAGAGAGCGACUCAGUUCACUCGAUUAUGCCGACUCGAUCGAGUUACAUUGUUUAUUGAGAAGGCUAGAAGUUGACGUUAAAGGUGGAGAUCUAUUGAGCUGA